AUGCCGUCGUCGCCCGCCAUCCUGCUCAACUCCCAACCGGUCGUCAUGCCCGACCCGGGGCUCUUCUCCGACAAGCUCGUCGCCGCCGACGUCGCCGCCACCCUGCCCCCGGGCUACCGCAUGCGCGCCCUGCGCCGCUCCGACUACGCCUCGGGCUACCUCGACUGUCUGCGCGUCCUCACCACCGUCGGCGACAUUGCCGAGGCCGACUUCCAGCGCCGGUACGACGAGAUGCAGGCCCACCCGGGGUCCUACUUCAUCAUGGUCAUCGAGGACGCUGCCCGCACAGAAAACGCCGUCGUCGCCACGGGCGCGCUGUUUGUGGAGCGCAAGUUCAUCCACUCACUCGGAAAGGUCGGCCACAUUGAAGAUAUUGCCGUUGCGGAGGACCAGCAGGGCAAGAAGCUUGGGAUCCGCCUCAUCCAGGCGCUCGACUACGUCGCCGCCAACGUCGGCUGCUACAAGACCAUUCUCGACUGCAGCGAGAAGAAUGAGGGCUUCUAUCUCAAGUGCGGCUUCCGCCGCGCCGGUCUCGAAAUGGCCCACUACCACGAAGGGCCCAAGAGCAAAGGUCAAUAG